CCAGCGUUGCCCUGGUGACGCUGUGAGGUCACAGACUGCAGGCCCUAGCACAAGCCCCUUCCCAGGACACACCCUCUCUUCCCCUGCCACCAUGUUGUACCUUAUCCCUCCAUCAUGAAGUGCCCUCCCCUCAGCUGCAGACCCCUGCCCUUUGGGUCACUGUAGCCCCCAUCAUGUGCACGAGGCAGGACCUGCGCAAGCCAGAGAAGGUGUCCCUCAUUUGCAGCCUACUAUGACAGUCUCCUCCUGGGGAAUUCAGCCAGGUUGUCCAAGAUAUCUCUGCUCUGGUGCAAGAUGAGCAGCUGGUGAGGCAGGAGGCUGCCUGCAUAGGGGCCUGUCACAACAAGAGCAACUUUACCCUCAAAAUAAAUGGGCACACUGUGCUUCUGACCCGCUACAAUGACCUCGGGGGAAACCGCUUCUUCGACCCUCAGGACAAAUUCUCUUUUGAGCUUGACCACCUGUGUCGGGUCACCAGAAAACCUCAGGUGCAUGGGUUGAUGCUAUAUGAGGGGGAACUGUGGAGAGAAGCCCUCCACAAAGGCUUGUAGGCAUACAUAAGUCGCCACUUUACUGUAGUGAACUGCUGUGUGUUCAAAAAAAGCCUGGGGAAGAGGCAGAUGCUUGUGGCUUGCAUUGAGGCUCAUCAGUACCAGCCUUCAAAUCAGUGGAACAGCCUUUGGAAGUCAGACUGGACUUUCACCCUGACUCCAUUUACCACCCAAGUUACAGGGAUCUUUCUCCUCCAGAUACACUACUUCAAAGAUGCCAACCUCCAUGUAACUGUCAGCAAAUCUGUGAGUGAUACUUUACAUAUGACAGACCAAAGUCAGUUUGCCACAGAUUUUGCGAAAUUUCUGAAAGCUGAGGACACCAGGUUCCAUACUGCCAUUCUGGAAAACCUUCAGGCUUUCUCAGAAGAUAUAUGGGGGAAAAAUCUGCAAAGGAAACUCCCUGUUACUCGCACUUUUAUCAACUGGAGUAAACUAUUGAAUGACCAGCAUCUGAACACUAAUGUCUCCAAUAUAGAAGUGCCUCCAAGCUUACUGAAACGCAAUAUUUGAUAUGGUGGCCUAAAUUAAGAAAUUAAAAAACAAAACAAACAAAAAAACC